AUGGAGGCAUGUCCAAUAUCGCUGGGCUGCGAUCCAACGCAUUCACACCUCGAGGGUUGUUUCCCUCUCCCAGCCUGUCGAAACAUCAAGGACCAGUUCAAACACGCCAACGUCUUGAUCCCCAAGCAGGCUUUUACCGGUGACCCCAACCAAGCCCAUUGGACCUCUGAUUUCCAUCACAUCGCCCGCUAUGCCAAGAUUGAUCAUCACAACCACAAACUGUUGCUUCAUACUCGCAGAGACCUGGUCCAGACACAGAGUGGUGGAGGAUUCGGUGCAACCGUGUCAUCGACUCGUUGGAACAAAUACGGAACUUUCACCGCAAAGUUGAGAUCAGGCGCCACAGGACCGGGCAUCGUCACCGCCUUCUUACUCUCCAACCCUGUCCUCGGCGAAGAGAUCUCGUUCGAAUUGACUGGUCGAGACCCGAAACGAGUUAUUACCAACUAUUACCGUCGUAUCCAACCUACCGAAACACUUGAGGAGUCUCAGCACCAUAUGGGGAGAGACAACGGGGUCCAUAGUCACGACCACCAUCACCAUCAUGUUUCGAAAUUGGAGUCUCAUGAGGAAAGUCAUGAACUGAAACGAGAUUCGACAAAACACGACCUAGUCUACAAGAUCGAAUGGACCGACAAGAUGAUCCGUUGGUCCGUUGACGGAAAGGUCCUCAGAACCGUCCUUGCCAAGGACGUCAACACCCCAGCUCUUGGUGGCCUGCCUGAGAAGCCCAUGCAGUUGCAAUUGACGGUUUGGGAUGCAGGGCACGCGAUCGAGACGCGAGAAUGGGCCGGCGGGAAGACCGACUACGGAGCUGAUAACCUGGACGAGUAUAUCACUACCGUCGAUUCCAUCGAGAUCAACUGUUUCGAUUCCAAGGAAGGCAACAAACCUUGGCCGGGCCCCGAUGCAAUGAAGAGACUGAAGAAGGCUCAAGCUUUGGAGACGGAGAUGGCCAAGAGGUACCGAAAGAUGAAUAAGGGCAAGAAGGGCGAUGAUGGCAAGUUUAAUGGAGGACAAGAGCAUCAUGGAUAUGGACACGAGGAGGGGUUUUUUGGGAGGAUGCGGGGGUAUAUGGAGAUGGCUGUCCUGUCGUUGAUCAAGUGGACGUUUGUGCUGUUGGCGUUGGUUUGUGGAGCGGCUUAUUUCACUGAACCCAAUACAACCAAGACCACCACGUCCAUCACGUCCACCACGCGUACUUCUUCCUCCAACCAGCAAAACCUCGGUUUCUAA